AGGUAGGUGCUGACUGCAAACACCCGGCUUCCCUUCGCUCCACAACCGGAGGCAGCUCUCUCUCUCUCUCCCUCUCAGUCUCGGGCGACAUGGCCGUGGUGCAGCUCGAAACGGGGGACGCGCACCAGCCGGAGAACGGCUUCGUGGCCGCCGAGACCGCGUCCCCCCCGGGGCAGCUGAGGCGCAUCGACUCCGCCGUCCUGCCGUUUCUCGGGGGCUUCGGGAGGUACCAGAAACAGCUGAUCGUGCUGACAUGGAUUCCGGCGUUGUUCAUCGGCUUCAGCCAGUACUCGGAUAGUUUCCUGCUCGCCCAGCCGAACAGCACGUGCACCCAGCCGAACAUGAGCGAUCAUCAGUCGUGGCUGCCCGGUCCUCAUCAUUACCACCGUCCUCACGAGGCCGGGGAGAACUCCAGCAGCCACGAUGACACGAUCAGCGCGCAGUGUGUCCCCAACUGCACCGAGUGGAGCUUCGUGCAGCACACUGGGCUCGACCAGAACGUGGUUACUAAGUGGACUUUGGUGUGUGACUCGGCAUGGAUAGUCCAUAUUGCAAAGUUCUCCUUAUUGGUGGGAUUGAUCUUCGGAUACCUGGUGUUUGGAAUACUAGCAGACUGGUUUGGCCGACACCCGGUGCUGAUCAUAUCAGUGCUGUUCAUGUUGGUGUUUGGUCUGACCGUGGCUUUCUCUGUCAACGUCUCCAUGUUCAGCACGCUGCGGUUCUUUGAGGGCUUCUGCCUGGCAGGAAUCAAUCUUUCUCUCUAUGUUCUGAGGAUUGAGCUGUGCCUGCCAGGAUGGCGGUUUUCCAUGACCAUGGUGGCCAGUUUCAUGGUUUUAGGAGGUCAGCUCCUCAUGCCCGGGGUAGCCUACCUCUGUCGCGACUGGCAGGUGCUUCAAGUUGUCAUCAUCUGUCCCCUGCUGCUUAUGCUGUCCUACAUUUGGAUUUUCCCAGAGUCGCUGCGUUGGCUGCUCGCCACCCAGCAGUACUGCCGCUCCAGAUGGAUCAUGGGACACAUUGGAGAGAAGAAUAAAGUGAACAUGGAGCUUGACGCGGAUAACAUCCUUACAGAACUACAAAGAGCUCUUCAAAAGAAGCCCAAAAAGACGUGCAUCGUGAAAAUGGUCGGAACGAGAAACCUGUGGAAGAACAUCGUCGUCCUGUGUGUCAACUCGCUAACAGGGUAUGGGAUCCACCACUGCUUUGCCCGAAGCAUGAUGGAUCAGGAAGCCCAGGAAACCACAAUGUUCCACAACUUCUAUACUUACUAUUACACAAUGGCAGGUGUAGCGGUGGCAUCGUGCCUGGCGUUGUGCCCGGCGGUAGGUUUGAUGGGCCGACGUGGUGGGCUCCUCUUGUUCAUGAUCAUCACCGCCCUGGCAUCGCUGCUGCAACUGGGUCUUCUCAACUUGCUGUGGAAGUACAGUACCCAUCUGAACAUAGCUGAUCGCUCCGACACACUGAAUAAGAACUUCUCCAUCGCCUUCUCCAUCAUCGGUAUGUUCUCCUCCCAUGCGGUCAGCAACCUGAGCAUCUUCUUCUGUGCUGAGAUCACGCCCACUGUGAUCAGGGGUGGUGGUCUGGGCCUCGUGCUGGCCAGCGCUGGUUUCGGCAUGCUCACUGCCCCCAUCAUGGAGUUGCACAAUCAGAAGGGCUAUUUCCUCCACCACAUAAUUUUUGCCUGCUGUACUCUAAUUUGCAUCAUUUGCAUUCUCCUUUUGCCCGAGACGCGCGACCAGCCGCUCCCCGAGACCUUGGACGACGUCGAGCACUACACUCUACCGUUACUGCUCCAGAGGAAGCAGGGGGAGCAGUGUCACCUGCUCACCCGGUCUGAUAGCAGCAGGGACUGCACCAGGGUGCAAGACACGCCGCUUCACGAAGCGGCCACUACCGCCGUGUCAACCAUGGGGUCUACUGCCUCUUCAGCUGUUGAUUUGACUUCUACCGUGGUCAGAGACACGUCCACCCCUGUUCACGUAAUGGAACGACCCAGCCAGCCCAGGCCUCAAGACCCCAACGGUCGCACCGUUCCUUCUCCAUCCCCAGCCCCUGUAACCGCUCUGGAUGUAAAUGCCAUCACCCCUGUCAAAAAAGAGCACCUUUUGUCUUCCAGUCCUUUACACAAAGCCCCGGGCAUCACAGACCCACUGUUAGCUGAUGCAUAUGAACUUCCUGAAGUCGGUAGCCAGCUCGAAAGGAAUCACCUUUCUCGCUGUCCCACAAGUGAAGACAACUCGGGCCCUGCUGCGUCACUGGGUUCCUCUACUCCCAUCAUCCCUGACACUGUGCCUGCUUCUUUGUUGAUUUGCACAACACCUGUCCUAGAGCCCCCUCCCAGCUCCACGCUAGAGUCUCCAGACCUGCAGGAGAAAGAUGUUGACGAGAUCGUUACAAAUUCUGACCCACCGUUGCUCCAAGGUGCCCCUUCCCCGUUAGCAGAUUCUCCAGCUAUGCAUGACAGUCUCGCUCCAUUUCCUGUUCCCUCCCCUGCUCCUGUGGUGGACUCGAACAUUCUCACCCAGCCUCCUCCUCCUCCUCCUCCUCCCUCCAUUACACCAGAAACUGAUAGCUCCCCCCAGUUACAAAAAGCAGAUGAAUCUGCAUUUACUCCUUUAAAUACAGACCCUCAACCACCUCAUUUAGACCUAGCUCCUCCCUGUGGUAAAGAAUCAUCUAGUCAUUCCUCCACUCCCCCGAGUUCAGCAAACCUGACCCCUCCUCGACCCACUGACUUCGACCAUACGUCCUCAGAGGACAUGUCUCCUGCUGUCCUCCCUGUCACAGACAUUGUGCUGACCUCAACUCCAGAAUCCAACCCCCUGACUGUCACAGACAUUGUACCAGACUCAGCUGUUUCUCUGGUCUUUGACUCGAUAAAUUCCAGCGUAGAUCCAGACCGCACCGCCGCAGCAGCUCCCCCCUCGCUAAUAGACUGCACCGUCUCCUCCCCCAUAGACUCUGGUGUCCUCCCUAUGUGCAACAGACAAACCGCCAGCACAGAAAGCAACAGUGUUGACAGCACAGACUCUACAUGAUUCAGUGUUGGAGCCAAGACAUGAAGCUUUAAGCAUUGC